AUGAUGAAGCCUUUGGUGAAAGUAGCUUUCUUAGUCCUUUUGGUUGGGGCAGUAGUUGCAAAGGAGAAGAAGGCUGCUGAAGCUGGUGAGAACAAGAUUCAGAGUAAGCGUGGACUUUUGGAUAUCGGCUACGGAUACGGGAAUGAGUACCAUCAUGGUUACGAUGUGGGAGCAGGCAAUGGACACAAAAUUGAUUUGGGACAGGAUGUUCAAGUAGAUAAGACCAUCACCUUCUACAAGGGAAUUCCGGAACCUUACCCAGUUGAGAAACACGUUGGAGUUCCGGUGUUCAAGAACGUGCCAGUCCCUGUUAAGGUUGAGGUUCCACAGCCGUACCCGGUAGAGAAACACAUCCCAGUGCCGGUGAAGGUUCCAGUGAAGGUCAGAGUUCCAAUUGCAAAGCCUUAUCCAGUUGAGAAGGAAGUUCGAGUACCAGUUAAGGUUUACGUUGAUCAACCGUAUCCGGUGAACGUGUACGUCGACAAACCGUACCCGGUUGAGAAAGAAGUCCGUGUACCAUACCACGUGCACGUACCUCACCCUUAUCCAGUUGAGAAGGAGGUGCGUGUACCUGUGAAGGUUCCGGUGCACGUAAAUAAACCUUACCCAGUGUACAAGAACGUCCCAGUACCAGUAAAAGUGUACAUUGAGAAACCAGUACCAAACUACGUAGAGAAGCCGUACCCAGUCCACGUCCAAAAGAACGUUCGUAUUCCGGUAGAGAAAUUAGUGCCUUACCCAGUCAAGGUACCAGUAGAUAACCCAGUCCCAUACCCAGUGGAGAAGCCGUACCCUGUACCAGUCAAGCAGCACGUGUCUGUUCCGUACCCAGUUUACAAGGAGGUGCACGUACCGGUCGAGAAGUUGGUCCCUUAUCCCGUCAAGGUUCCAGUCGAAAACCCUGUACCAGUCGAGAUCAAGAAGCACGUUCCGUACACCGUGGAGAAACCAGUACCGGUACCAGUCUACUACCAUCAACACCAACAGUGGUGA